AUGAACAAAACACGUGCAUACCACAGACAGUUCAAGAUACCAACGGCAACCAGAGCAAGCGUUUAUGGUGGUGAAAAAGGAGGUGUUGGUACAGAUGGAGCAGGUAUUGACUCAAUAGGGGCGGCCAAGCCCAGGCACUGUCUCAAGCCAGCCAAUACCGGGUGGGUGGGUGGGGAGGGUGUACCCAAACAAGCCUCAGCAAUGCGUUUGAAAAUGAACAAGAUUAUCUAUCACGGUUACCCCGUCCUGGUUAGUUGGUUUGUAUCCAAAUUGGAACAAACAGCACCGGUGCCUAUCCCAACUCUACACAAGAUAAGAGUAGGCACUCAUGACCAACAGCCAGAACGACGCAUACCAAUCGUCGAUACAUAA